AUGCUGAAGAAGGGGGCGAUGUCAUGGGACCCGUCUGUCCUGGUGCGGCUGAUCCAUGAGGGUCUGAUUCCCGAUCAGAUGGAUCUGCACAGUGAAGAGGAGCUCAGAGACGUGCUGGAGAAGUGUGGGAUUCCUGCUGCUACACACAGUGAUAAAAGCGGCCUGUGGACGGCAGGCAGAGUCAGUAAAGUCUGUCCUCAUCAGGUCGUCUGUGGAGCCAAGUAUAUCGUCUGCAGGGAAAGUGCUCGAGAUCAUCUGGACCUGCUGGUUUCGUCCUGGUUUUGGCCGCCGGUGUAUGUGGCGGAUUGUGCCCAGAAGGUGGCGCUCUUCACUGAUGUAUUAUAUCCUGAACUGGCCUCACAGAUGUGGGGGAAAAAUCAGGGAUGUAUCUCUGAACCUACAACACCACCACAGUACGUCUCGUGCUCGGAGCUUCAGGACCAGCCGUACAGUUUGGAUCUGACAGCGACUGAGUCCAACCCUCAUCUGCACCCGCUCACCAAAUCCGCCUCUCGCUGGAUCAUGUGACCCGACGGACCGAGCGCCCUCCACGACGCCCACCACGCCAUGGUGCUCUGCAAAGAGCUGGAGCAGUACACCAGCGCCGUCACAGAGAUCUGUGACCAACCCCAGCGUGAAAGCAGCAUCGGCGACAGCAGCGUGACGGCGCUUCGGAGGAAAGCUCUCGUGUUCGAUAACGCCGCAUAUUACUACCUCUAUAACCGCCUGCUGGACUUCCUGAGCAGCAGAGACAUCGUGAACCAGCAGAUC